AGGUGAAAGCCAUCUGUCCGCCGCAGCAGGGGCUGCUGGGGGACGGUGACAUGUGGACUGCGCGUCCGUGGCCCUUUAAGAAACUCCAUGUUUUCGCUACAUGAUGCGUCAACAUAAAAAGCGGAUGAUGCUGUUAUGUAAAAACACGCUGGAGUGGAGCUGUAGUUUGCAGGAGCUCGUUGGAUCUUCAACACUGCUCGAUUGGUCUCUUUAAAGCAGCAUUGUGUUUGAAAGUGUGUUUGGAUUGUGAUUUUUACGCGUCAGGCACAGUUUGGAGUUUAACGAAAAGGAGCUUCCAGCAUGAGUCGUCCUCCGCUCCGUUUUCUUCCUACACCUGACGCAUCUCUCUCUCGCCCUGUGGAAGUGAUCUUUCUCUCUUUAAAGAAGACCUAAGCGGAGUUAUUUAACAGCCUACCAAAGCGAGAGCGUAUGGACCCAGCUGAUGAUCCAUGAUGAUGCUCACUGAAGGGUCUCUCUGAGCUCAAACCCACUAUUGUCAAACCCUGUGGAUGAAAAGGAGGUGGUGGACCUGCUCCCAGUCGCUGAGACCAUGGUGAAAGCUGAGGUGAAAGCUCAGCGGAGCCAGCCUGUGAAAUGCAGGAAGCCCCAGAAGGAGGCUGGAAGCAAGGAAAAGAGAGGCCGCCCUAAAAAAGACAAAGAGAGAAAGAAGGGGCUGGGAGAAAAGAAAAAGAAGAAAGAUAAGAGACAGUGUCCUCGGCGUAGAAGGAAGACCCUGGCAUUGGGUAGUGGCGAAGCACUGGACUGUUGUGUCCUGCUCACCCGUCUGGAGGAGAAAGGAGUUGUGGGUAAGCUAAUGGAUUCACCAAAAGCCAGGAAACAGAAGAGUGAAAAAGUCAAAAAGAAGCAGCACUCCUGCUCCGUUCAAAGAAGGACCAAAUCUGGACUGAAGAAAACCUCCACAGGCAAUCAGCAAGCACUGGAACCAAAAACCAACCAUCUCGACGCCUUACUCAUGUUUCCUGCACCUGUUUUUGAGCCUCGCAGGCGGAGGAUGGCCUCUCUUAAUGCUGAGGCCGUCAACAGCCUGCUACUCUACAAAGAAGACCCUCUCACAUCAAUUCUCACAAAGAAACGGCAGCCUUCAAACGAAGAUCAGGCUACGCACAGUCACGUGAAAGUUGAACACAAAGGUGGAAAAACCAAAAAGGUUCCUCCAGGUGGGAAAGCAGAUCCAAAAGAAAGACCUAAAAAACAGAGGCGGUCAACAAAGAAGGCUCAGGAAAUUGAUUGGUUGGCUUUGUUUGCACCAACACCUCGGCGUCAGGCGGGCCUCACCGCUGCGACACUCCUCAAACUCACCAGUUCUGCGUAUGGAACCAAACGACAAAAGAAAACAGAGUCCAAGCCUGGGAGUGAUAGUGAGGCAGCUGCUGCGACAUCAGAUGAGAUUAACGGUAAGCCAGUGUGUGGAGGAUCAACGCUGACCAAAAAAGAAACACAUCCCAAACAAGAGGACCAACUCAAGCACAGAACACAGGGUACAGAGGAUCCAGUUCAUUCCCAGCUGGGCUCUUCCAUCCAGGGCUGCUGUAGUUUAUGUAAAAGUGAGACUCUCGAUCCAGAGUGGAAGGCCACCACAGGAGGACAGGAGUGUGGCAAGCAUCCUAUCCACUGUGGCUCCUCACUUGGAUUCUCCUUGAAAACAAUCAAAGAGGAGCAGGUGGAGACCGAGGUGUCCUCCUGCUACUGCUGCACCCAGGAGAGGUGUGUCGAGUACUGUCACAGACUCGCCCUCUUCCUGGAGGACAAGACCUUCAAGGAACCAGAGGACGGUUCCUUGUCCGAGGUGUUCCACCACCACCAUCACCACCAUCAUCAUCAUCACCACCAUCUACAAUCCCCCCACCCAGCAUCCAUAACCAUUAGCCCGCACACAUACACCUGUUUUCCAGGCUACUACGUCCAUUUCAGCCACCCAGAGGCCUCCCCCUCUCCGAUUCCACCCCUCGCUUUGUGCCCCAGGAGCGGCAAGAGGCCCAAGUUGCUCCCCAGCACGGGUCCAAAGCCCUCAGGGAUCACCCACCCAGUGUACUGCUGCACCUCAGUGGAGACAUGCUACACAGAGCCCUGCAGGAUCAACGGUUACCCGGCCUACACCAAUCUGAUUCCAGCCAUCACCAGAGGAGGGCGUUCCUUUAACCCUGCAGACUGCACCAAAUGUAACCACAGCAUCAAAAGAGACGAUUAUCCAUCAACCCCCGGCAACCAUCACAGCCCCUCCUCCAUCCCCAUCUGUCCCAGCCCCCGAACCCUCACUGGCUGCCCCAUUCCCAGCGUGCCUCCAGCCGGCCAAUCAGUGCCCCACAUCCAGACUCCUCUGUCCGACCCCAGCCAACCACAGCCUCCUCUGCAGGUGGCGAAGGAGUGUCCCCAGAGUGCCAAGUCGCCCAGCGGGUCCAGGUCUGGCGCGCGUGGCACCAGCAGCAUCAGCUCUUCUGUCUGCCCUCUCAACAGGGACAAGAAACAGAAGCUCAGCCCUGCCAGCGUCGGAGGGCGAUCAGUUGCCAAGCAGGCGAAGAACAGACGCCAAAAAAGCACCAACGGCUGGCAGCCAGUUGGCGUGCCCUUUCAGAAGGAGGUUUUCUCUGUGGGAGAGGAGGCCAUGGUGCUGAGGAGGUGUUACGAGGGAGUCCAGAGGGACGGGGAUCUGAUUCGGGUCAGAGACACUGUUCUGCUGAAAUCUGGACCAAGGAAGAAGACUCUGCCAUACGUGGCAAAGAUCUCAGCUCUGUGGGAAGAGCCAGAGUCAGGAGAGCUGAUGAUGAGUCUGUUUUGGUACUACCGUCCAGAGCACACACAGGGGGGACGCAACCCUAGUAUGAAUUGUGAGAAUGAGAUCUUUGCGUCUCGUCACCAGGAUGUGAACAGUGUGGCCUGUAUUGAAGACAAAUGCUAUGUCCUAACAUUGGCACAGUAUUGCCGAUUUUGUGCCUUGGUAAAACGCCGUAGGGAGGGUGUACACGACAGUGCCGCCUCCCUCCUGGUGCCACCCGUUGUUGGCAACACCAUGCCCACCCACCACUGUGUGCCCGAAGACGUCGACCCCGAGCUGGUGUUUUUCUGUCGACACGUCUAUGACUUCCGCUACGGACGCCUCCUCAAAAACCUGCAGUAGCAUCUGACAGGACAUGACACGUAACACAUUGAGACGUGAGGCUAUGUUACCUUGGUUUCAUCCUCCACAACAUUAACUUGCUACAAACCGAUGGACUGCCUGUGUGAGAGGAACUGGAAGAUUAGGAUGAAGGAUUAAGAGAUUAACUCAUUUUUGUUUUGAAAGUUCUUGUUCACACUUCCAUGCCACACAUUUAUUCAGUGAGGGUAAUGGUCUGACAUAUUGUAAAAGGAUUAAUAUGGGGAUGUAAAUGUUUUUUUUUCAUACAUGGCUCUCUGGUGUCGUAGCAGCUGUGUGAAGAACCUUGCACCUACUCUGCUGUAGAAAACGCUACUGUAGCUCUUAGAAAUGUGACAUAUGAUAGAUAUGGACAGAAGUUGGUGUUACAUAUGAAUUAUGUCACCGUUGGUGUUACAUAUGAAUUAUGUCACCGUCAGUGUGACAGAUUUCUGGCACAUAUGUGUCUCAAUGAAAUGCUAUUGAAGAAAAUUUGAGGUGGUGCCCCGUUUGUCCUUGAAAAGAGAGGAACAAAAAUGUCUCAGAGGCUUAUGACAUUACGCAACUUUGUCAAUAUGUCGAUCGUGACGUAAAACAUGGUUUUCUAGAAGCCAGUUGAAUUUGAAGAAUUGUACUUUAUAAUGAAAUCACUGAUACCACUCUCACGUCUGUUUGGCAAAUAUAAAGCUACAUCAAUGUCAGCUGUUUGUAAGCUUAUCUUAGCUUAGCUUAAACACUGGAAACAGGAGGAAACAAUUAGCCUGUGUGUUGCCUGUACAUGGUUAACUUUUUCCUGAGCUAGCUGUUGUUGUGCGUUUUGGUCAGAGCAAAGCUAGCUGUUGAUUUUGUUUCCUUUGUUAAUGCUAAAAUAAGCUAGCUAGCAAACAUAGAUAAGCUGUUCCUGCCGUUGUUGUUUCAGAGAACACAACUUCAGUGUUUGACAGAACUUUAAAUAAUAAAAUUAACAUUCAUCGGUAGCGAUAAACUGACACCUUGACAUUUUGUUAGUUAUGCUAGUUUUGACGAAGCAGCAACCUACAGUCUAAAUAUGAGUCCAAUGCGUAAGUGCUAAAAACUGCAGUUCAUCGAGGAUCCUCUUGAGGCUGGCUCCAGAAGUACCGUAAAAACCACACACACCCCAAUUUAAAAAAGCCGAUCUUUACAGCAGAAAUAAACAUGUUUACAGCCUGGUACAAAAACAAGUGUAGUCUGGAUAGCUCAUUUCGCGAUCGGCACACACUGUACAGGGGGGGUGAAUUUUUUUCUAAUGGGGCAAUUUUGAAGAUAUUGAGAUUACGAGUCUUCCAAUGAGAGGCACAGCUGACUUGAUUGACAGGCGGGAACACUGUAGCUGUUGGCGAGGAGGCUCAAAGCCCGCCUCUUUACGUCACAAUCGCUAGACAGCAGCACUAUGGCUGCCGCUGCCGAUUGUCCUCAAAACAGCGCUUCAGAAACAGAAUGGUGACGUCCCGGGCACUACGUCCAUUAUUUAUACAGUCUAUGGUUUUGACUUAAAUUGCAGUCUAUGCUAGCACCACAUAAAGAUAAAUGACCCAAAACCAGGUGAGGGUUGCAUUUUUUUUUUGCAAGCUGGGUAUUUGGUUUUCUGUUCAACUUCCCUUGAGUUCCAUAUUUCCUGAAAGUCAUGACAGUGGUAUCAGUGUUCACGUCAAAAUCUUGGAGAUCAUGCAAAAUAGCGAACUCAAGUUCUCUAAUUUAAUAUUUUUCUUUUGUUAUAAUCAUGACUGACUGCCCUGAGCACUCACCAGAUUUCCCUCUAAACUUCCUGAUCUGAAAUAUUAACUAAGUUAUCUUUUUUCUAUACCACUGAUUGAUUACACAGAAAACCAUGAUAUGUGAAAAUUCUAUGGCUCAAUCUCAUGAGAGUUUCCAGGAUGGUUAUAGCUUUCAUGUCAUAUCUGUUGCUCUGAAAUCCACUUUUGUGCUGAUUUUCUUAAUGUACAACAGAACUGCACUCUGUAAAGAAAGCACAGUUCAGUUAGCUUGAUGUCGCAGUGUGAAGAUGUCCAAUGAGCUGAGCAUUGAGGGGAUUUUUGUUAUGCCAAUUCUUAUGAGUGUUUUACUUUCUCAGAGCUGUUUGCCAGAGGUGUGAUUUGACUCUGGUGUCAGCUGACUGUAUAUUUGCAUUUAUAUUUCUGGAUAAGUGUCUGUUUAGGCAGAUGGCAUCAGUUAGUCACUUAUAUUCUUGUUUGUUCACCAAUGAGAUGGUGAGUAAUGUAUUGAGUGUAGCAUUUAGAACCGUGAUGAUGAUUCAUUCCUAUGUUGGAGAGAAAAUAUGUAUUUAUUUCUGUACUGAGAUGAAAAUAUAAUUUAUUUUCAGAAGAUGAUUUUAAAGAAUAGAGUUUUAGAUGAGUGGCUUUCAUUCCUUAAUAGAAAGGAGGUUAAAGAUGUCUUUCCUUAGCUGCACUGUCUCUGAUGAAAGUGUGUGAGUCAUCCGCAGUAGUAUUUCUGUGACUGCUUGAGCUCUCUUGCCCAAAACAAACCUGCUAGAUGUGCUGAGGUCUUGAAGUCCUCUGGGUGGAUAUGAGGACACGUUUGGAUUAUUUUGAAGGAUCUCAGAUACAGUUUUGAAGUACACCUGCCAACAUGUGAUCAGAGAUGCUUACCUUGCAGGACCAAAACGCACCUUUGCCGUUCCCAGCUUCCUGUCAUUCUCCUUCCACUUCUCCUCAGAUGAUGAUGCUUUGCCUAUACACCUUUAAAUGCUGAAUGCAACAAUGAUUUAAAGUCACCUUGCCACUAGCCUGUGCCCUUUAUCUUGCUGCCUUAGAGAACAUUCCCAGCCUUUCAUUUAGAAAUGUGUACCGAAAUCAGCCUGGAGAAAUGAAGCUUUUUAGUCUGCUGAUUGUGAUUCCUAGAAACAUGAGAUGCAUCUCAUGUUCAUCGCUUUCAUUUGAUCUUAUGGGACAUGAUAGACAAAACUGAAUCUUUAUCCAACACUUUUAUUUUGAAAACUGUUUACCAUAGCUCGAAAUUGAACACCAAACAACUAACACUUUGUAACAGAUAAGCUUAGCUUCAGUGGCAUGUCCAGGGGGGUAGCCAGGGGUGGCAUGGGACUCCCUUAAAAUCUGAGGGGCAGCCCCAGGUGCCACAACGUCUUCAAUUUUGAUUGGCUAUUUGCCUAGUCAGGGGCAGGACUUUGUUAAAAUCAACUAUUUUGACUACUUUGUCUGCUAGUAGCGUUCUUUUCAUUUAAAUUUAGCAUAUUUUUCUUUUGUUGAUACUUAGUUUAUUUUUCUAUCGCACAUCUGUUUUAUUAGACAUAUGUGAAGAAGCAUUAGUCCACCAAAAACUGCAAGCAUGCUGCACAUUGUCUUAAGGUGAAAGAUACUUUCAUGGGCAAUGUUUACCAAGGUUGACAGUUAAUUUAUUGAAAGCAGCUUGCAAUUAGUUUUUAAAGUUAUUUUGACGUCUUCUUUCUGAAUAUAUCAAGGGUUUAUGUCAAGAGGGUUUAUUUGUCAACAUUCUCUUGUGUUAUUUUACAAGUUAAACAUUGAAAAACAGGAAUAUAACAUCUGUAUGAUACUUCAAUAUCAGCUGUCGAAGCGGAUAUUAUCAGUAGUGACAGAAAGUGUCAAUAAGUGCUGUUUAUUCAUGUCAUGUUAAUGCCACCCCUACAUAAUUUAGGGCCUCAGUUUAGCCAGCCGGUCAAAAACUUCAUAUUGUGUCAAAAUAUUCACAAAGGUUUUAUGAGGGAAAAAGAAAAACACAAUUUGACAAACUUCCUUUAGGCACAGCUUUCUUGAAAAGCUCUAAAGUGUUUGAUACCACAGCAUGUAGGUGGUACACUAAGUCAUAUUUUGGUUAACCGACAGUUAACUAUAAUUUCUGGACUUUUGCAUAGACAGAAAAAUAUUCAUAAUUUAAAAAUCGCUUCAUGUUUAUCUGCCUUCACGCUUCUGACCUCUUUGGCUCCAAGCGCUGUGCUACAUAAAGUAAGGAAACAACAAACCACUUCAGACAUCCUCACAUGCACUGGGGCAAAGAUCUGGUAGUCAAAAGAUGGAUUUUGGGUGGAGUAUCUCUUUACAAUAGUCACAUCCUGUGUGCUAUUGCUUUACGCCCAUUACUAAUAAUUUUGCUCUGCAAGAUUAAAUCUCAUUAUAGUUCAUGAAUGGAUCCAUAUUUGUUUUAAGAAAUAAUAUUUGUUUAAAUGAAUUAGGUUAGAAUUCUAAGCUAUCCUUUCAUUGCAAUCAUCCCAAAGUCCAAAGUCUUUGAACAGUAAUGUGACUGAAUAAUCUCUUUAAAUAACACAGCACAAUACAACAAAGCAGAAUAUGGUAAACCUAAUUUGGUGUGAUUUGGUUCUGUAAUUAUAAAUCCCAGUAGGUGUUGUGGAUCAACCACACACAGCUCAUAUGACGGCCUCAGGAAUCACUCAGCAGACUAAUUAUGUUUAAUCAGGAUGUGUGGUAAUUAUGUCUUAAUUGGUCCUCUGUGCCUGUUCCCAUCAACCCAUCUUUAUUCCAGGCUUUUUCCAUAAAGAGAAAGACGAGCAGUCACUGUUGUUUGAACUCACCUUCCAAAUGCCUUUCAUUUUUCUCAGAUGACGCCAGUCUGAUCUUGUAUCACCACAAAGAAACGUUUGCACCAAAAAGUGACGAGGUGGGGAGAGUGUUGAAGUAAACAUUUCAUCAUCCCCAGGUGUACAGAAUCCUAAACUCUGGUUCUUCUGAUGUGAAUUUCUGUUCUUAUUCUUUGCAUGGCGUUUUUGGAAAUAUCUCGGAAAUAUUAAUCACAGCACAGAUUAUUUGUAUGGUUUCAAAUGGACCUCUGUAAUAUAAGAAAAGUAUUUAAUUGUAAUAAAUAAUAUAUGAGUUUGAACAUGUGUUGGGUAGAUUUCUUUGUGAAAUAGAGCUGUAGUAAUGAAUGUUGCCCACAUGAUGGCUCACUCAACCAAUGUUUUAUAUCUGGUUUGAUCAGACAUGUUUAUGACAGUGAGCAGAGCACUGAUAUAUCAAAUUUAAAUUAUUUAUACCAGUGCGUUGAAUAUUGUAUAAAAUA